UUCCUCAGUUACUGUUGGACCACGCGCUGGCCCGGAUUGCGCCUCGCCUACGUCUCGCUGGCCAAAUCCGGCCGGACAUUUGGCGGGGGUCCAAGCAACACACAGCGACUUUUUGGACUUGUUGGUGACCACUGGAUCGCGAGGAAUCUGCGGAAACCGAAAGCAAAGAUGAUACCGGAUACAGAGGCGGUGUGUCAGACUUCCGAGGCUGCGGUUGACAAUGGCGGCGAUAUGUACGAGAAGAUCAAGGAACGGGCGGAAAAGGAAGUGGCAUCGGUCACUGCCUGGAAGCGAUAUCAGCGACUGGUGGCUGCGAUGGAAUCCCGGGGCGGCGAGUUCAACCGGAAGUCCCUGAUCGAGGCGAUCUUUCGCGGCAGCGAUCUCGUCUAUGCCAGUCAUUGAUCGACCGGAUCAAGCGAAUCUUUCGUGCAAUCCUGUCGAUUGACACCAAAGUGCCAGUAUGAAGUCACAGUGACGUAGAACUUCACGUGGUCGCGAAGAUCGAGAAGAAACGCGGUACCUUUUGAAUCUUCUCAUGUUCGAGCAUCUGAAUACUUUUACGUAUACGAAAAUGAUAUUUACGUUGAUCCUUUAUAGAACGAAAUGUAAUAAUAGAUUACAGGAAAUUAUUUUAUAAAUCUCUAUAAAGGAUUAAUAGUUGCUAAAGUCAUUAGAAAAUAAGGAUUAUUCAUGCGCAAUCAAUUGUCGUUCAAUGAUUAAUAUUUAUUAAGGACCCAAUCUAUACUAGCAGUAUCAAAAAUUGAUUAUUUUUAGGAGUUUUUGAGGAAUAUUAGAAAUUGAUAUUUUUGCUGUUUUAAACGUGUUUUUUAUUGAUGUUUAUAAAUAGUAUGUCAAUAUUUUUAAAUCAUGGAUAUUUAGCUUUUUUUAUUCUAUACAAACAUUAUAUUCAGUAAUUGUCCGUAUGAAAAAAUUUGAUCCAGUUUUAUUCCAUGACAUUUUUUAUGAAUAUUGAAUCUAAUUUUAUUAGAAAAAUAACAAAGUAAUGUCAUUUUAAAAUUAGAUAUUUCAAUUUUGCUGAAUUUUUUUCAUUAUUUAAGGGGAAUAAUUAGAAAAAUAUCAAAUAUUAAUUUUCUAAAUUCUAAUUAGAUUCAGUAGCUUCCAAAAAAUAUUCUUUUUUAUUAAAAAAAGAAAAUUGAAAUUAUUUGAUCUAUUAGUUUUCAAAAUAUUCGUCAUACCAACUUUGAAAACAAUGUUUGGAAAACGCCUUUCAAAAUGCAUUUCACUGCGCGCCAUCUUAUUGAAAAUCUUAUAACUUCCUCUUCAACUUUAGAAUAUGUUGCAAAUUUUUGAAUAAAAUUUGAAGCAUAUUCUUCAUACUUUUAAAAAAUGUAAAAAAAAGAGGAGUCAUUUUUUUGAUUCUUUAAAGUAGAUUGGACCCUUAAUUAAAUUUUUAUCCGUAAGUGGACGUAUACAUCAGGCUAUGCACAUUCUUAUUAUUUUUCGAUGUAAUGAAAAUCGUUAUAAUGUGAUGAUGUUGAGAGUAGGACGUAAAAGCGUAGUUUAACACGGGUAAAAUGUGGCUGUGUAUCAUAGUUCGAUGUCGCGAGCGCACUAUUUUUAGAUUUUUGGUGUGAGUAGAAUUUACUUGUUCCGGGAGGCAAAUGCUUACAUGUAAAACGUAGUAGAUAUAUAUGGAUGUCCUUGGAAAAGAACAAACGAAGCCAAGUCUCUUCGUAAGACACUUAUAUGCGGUCUCAUUAACAUCUAAAUCUAAAUUGCAUUAACAAGUCAAGCAAAUUAUUAUGAUCUGUAUUUGAUAUAUUUUUGAGUAGGAAUGAAACUGAAUCAUUAUAUAAUGGGAGCAAAUAUAUGUAUAUACAGGGUGUCAUUUAAAGACUGCCCACUGAGUAAAUAGCGUUAUUUCUUAUCAAAAAAUAAGUCGAAAAGUCCUGAAUCAUUUUUUCUUAUAACACUUAAUAAUAGAGUAAUUAUUAAGUAAAGUCAGGCCAAUCAGCGUGCGGCUCACUGACGUGCGUCCGGCUAAAGGGCGACGCUGAUCUGACUUUAUUCAAUAAUUACUCCUUUAUUAAGUGUUAUAGAAACAAAUGAUUUAGGACUUUUCGAUUUAUUUUUUGAUAAAAAAUAACGCUAUGUAUUUAGGGUGAUUUUUUAAGCAACACCCUGUAUAUAGAGGAAAACAAAAAAUAGCGUGAGUGCUCCCGAUGUGAAUCUUUGAAAAUCUUUGAAAAUCUAGAAAUCACAAGAUCUUCGCGAUCGUCCACUUUCCGAAAAGAAAAAGAUUUUCGGCGCCCGAUUAUUUAUGCGACUGACAGUUCGCGAAUUUAAAUUAACGCGAGCGAACCCACCGCGUUUCUACGCCACUGGCUAACGCAAUUGUUAGAUAGAGAUACGAUCAACAAUGCCAAACCGUAUAUUACUAGUCAACGUGUGCAUAAUAAAUCGCAGAUAGAGUAAGAUAGAUUGUUUAAUUAGGCAAUUAUGGCAACGAUGACGAUUACGGCGUCUUUAUCACGCGACAGAUGACGGAGGGCGUGUCUGUAAUCUACCACAUGAGCUCAUGCGAUGCGUCGGUUAUGCUCGAUCUUGCCAGUAACACUCGUUACGUGUGUAAAAAAAUCAAUACGCGAGAAACCAAAGUUAAUAAAUUAUGUAAACGUAAAAUGAUUACAUUAUCGUCAAGAUGAGAUAUAAUUGAAUAGAUACAAAAGUAUCUACUCAUGUCUUACUUAAAGUCUACGAAUAAAAACAAAUUGAAGAAAUUUAA